GUACUCCCGAUUUCUGAAGAACAAUAUAAUUGACGUCAGUGUUACGUUUACGUGAUGAGAAGCGCCAUACGUCACACCUGUUCCGCUGCGGAAAGUGCGUGUGGCGCGACGAGAUGUGGCCAGCGCAGGGUCACGUCCCUAAAGGCCCCCCUGCAUUACGCGGGACGUUCGUGUUCGUCAGCGGGUGGAAGGGAAUUCCGUCGCUGUGACCAGCAGCUGCAGCCUGUUCCCCCACUCCUGCUACCGGGGGGCAGGGCGCCUGCGCGCCGAGACACUCUAUAGGCGGCGCCGCGGCGGCAAGCGGGUUAGUCUGUCGCCGGAUCCCGUACCAAGAGGACGCAGCUGUAGCAGCCUCCAUGACAGGCUACGAGGACAAGAUGCUGAAGCUGGCUAAGGAGCCGCACCCCACGGUGAUGCGCGGCUCCUUCGCGGUGGGCCUCGAGUUCAGCCAGGAGCUGUCGCCGCAGAUCCAGGAGGUGGCCCGCACCGAGCUGCGGGAGAACCCCGACCAGCAGCGGGAGUCUCUGGCCGCCUUCCGGGACAUCCUCAGGGAGGAGACCGACUUCAAGCUGCCCCUGGACGACGACGCCUGGUGCAUCCGCUUCCUCAGGCCCUGCAAGUACUACCCCGAGUCCGCUGCAGCUCUGGUGAAGCGGUACUACGAGUUCAAGGUUAAAAACGCGGAGCUGUACAACGGCUUGAUACCUUCAAAGGAGAAGAACCUGUUCGACCAUGAUAUCAUGCAGGUCCUGCCCAGGAGGGACCAGCACGGCCGUCGCAUUCUCGUCAUUGAGUUGGGCAAGAAGUGGAAGCACAAGAAGGUGAGCCUGGAGGAGGUGUUCAAGGGCGCCGUGCUGUACCUGGAGGCGGCACUCUGGGAGCCGGAGACGCAGGUCGCCGGCGGCGUCGUCAUCUUCGACAUGGACGGCCUCUCGCUGCAGCAGGUUUCGCAGUUCACGCCGUCUUUCGCCAAGCGCAUCAUAGACUGGUUGCAGGACGCGGUGCCCUUACGUGUCAAGGGCUUCCACGUGGUCAACCAGCCCUACAUCUUCAACAUGGUCUUCGCGCUCUUCAAGCCGUUCCUCAGGGAGAAACUGCGCAGCAGGAUCGUGUUCCACGGCACGGACCGCGACUCCCUGCACAACUACAUCAGCCCCAAGGUGCUACCGGAGUGCUACGGAGGCACCCUCGACAUAGACAGGGUGACCGGAGCCGAGUGGUACAAGCUGCUCGUCCACUACGACGCCAUCUACGAGGCUGUUAAUUCCUAUGGCUACAAGAAGCAGUAGAUGAAUCAUUGCUGAUGGUUCAUUGAAGUUCCACGCUGUGAUAA